GGCAGCAGCAGCGCAGUAUCGGAGGAGGGAGGCCCUGCAGUCGCUCAGCUCAGAAACAGAAACCCCGUAGCACAGCAGCGCCAUUCAGAAACAGUAUCCAAAAUGGCAGGAGCUGAUGGAGACGACUCUCUCUACCCUAUCGCCGUUCUCAUUGAUGAACUGCGAAAUGAGGAUGUGCAGCUUCGUCUGAACAGCAUCAAGAAGCUGUCCACCAUUGCUCUGGCCCUUGGUGUCGAGAGGACUCGCACUGAACUCCUUCCUUUCCUCACAGACACCAUCUACGAUGAAGAUGAGGUGCUCUUGGCCUUGGCUGAGCAGCUUGGCAAUUUCACCAUGUUGGUGGGAGGGCCAGAGUAUGUCCACUGUCUCCUGCCUCCUCUGGAGAGCCUGGCUACAGUGGAGGAGACAGUAGUCAGAGACAAGGCUGUGGAGUCUCUGAGGAAGAUCUCUCAGGAGCACUCUCCAGUUGACCUGGAGGUCCACUUCGAGCCUUUGGUCAAGCGGCUGGCCAGUGGUGACUGGUUCACUUCUCGCACAUCUGCCUGCGGCCUCUUUAGCGUCUGUUAUCCCCGUGUGUCCAGCACCGUCAAAGCUGAGAUCCGCCAGCAUUUCCGCACCUUGUGCUCAGAUGACACUCCUAUGGUGCGUCGUGCUGCAGCAUCUAAACUGGGGGAGUUUGCCAAAGUCCUGGAGCUUGACUAUGUAAAAAGUGACAUCAUUUCCCUCUUCACUGCUCUGGCCUCUGAUGAGCAGGACUCUGUGCGGCUCCUCGCUGUGGAGGCUUGUGUCAGCAUUGCCACUCUGCUGCCUCAGGAGGACCUUGAGACCCUGGUGAUGCCAACCCUGCGCCAGGCUGCAGAAGACAAAUCCUGGAGGGUCCGCUACAUGGUUGCUGACAAGUUCUCUGAGCUCCAGAAAGCAGUGGGACCAGAGAUCACCAAGAACGAUCUGGUGCCGGCCUUCCAGAACCUUCUGAAGGAUUGUGAAGCUGAGGUCCGCGCUGCUGCAGCAAACAAAGUCAAAGAGUUCUGUGAGAACCUCCCAGAGGACAGCCGUGAGCAAAUCAUCAUGACUCACAUUCUGCCCUGUGUCAAGGAACUGGUCUCAGACACCAACCAGCAUGUGAAGUCGGCCCUGGCCUCCGUCAUCAUGGGCCUCUCCACCAUCCUGGGCAAGGACAACACAAUCGAGCACUUACUACCUCUGUUCCUGGCUCAGCUCAAGGACGAGUGCCCCGAGGUGCGCCUCAACAUCAUCUCCAACCUGGACUGUGUGAACGAGGUGAUCGGCAUCCGUCAGCUCUCCCAGUCUCUGCUGCCGGCCAUCGUGGAGCUGGCAGAGGACGCCAAGUGGAGGGUCCGCCUCGCCAUCAUCGAGUACAUGCCCCUGUUGGCAGGACAGCUGGGAGUGGAAUUCUUUGAUGAGAAGCUCAACACCCUUUGUAUGGCCUGGCUGAUUGAUCACGUGUACGCCAUCCGGGAGGCAGCCACCUGUAACCUCAUGAAGCUGGUGGAGAAGUUUGGAGCCGAGUGGGCUCAGAACACCAUCGUGCCCAAAGUGCUGGGCAUGGCCAACGACCCCAACUACCUGCACAGGAUGACCACUCUGUUCUGCAUCAACGCUCUGUCAGAGGCAUGUGGUCAGGACAUCACCACGAAGCAGAUGCUGCCGGUGGUCCUGAAGAUGUCCACUGACCAGGUGGCCAACGUGCGCUUCAACGUGGCCAAAUCCCUCCAGAAGAUCGGCCCCGUCAUCGAUAGCAGUGCCCUUCAAACAGAAGUGAAGCCGGUGCUGGAGAAGCUGGCCACAGACACAGACAUGGAUGUCAAGUACUUUGCCCAGGAGGCCAUCAGUGUUCUGGUCCUAGCAUAACCACCCCACCAUGGCUAAACCAGACAAACUCCCAAGACAACAACGCUUUUACGAUAUAUUUAUUGAUGUUCAGGAACAACUGGUAAAUGUAUAGAGAAAGCUGUUAACAAUUGUUUUAUUCUUUUUCUUUUUACUGUCCAAUAGUAGACCAUGUCAGCGCAUAGCACAGGCUUCUUUCUUAACCUUCCGCUUUGCUGUAGAUGGGUGCUUUAUCAAAGGCAAAGUGUCAAAUAAAUUGCAUUAAGUGGUGCAUGCUGACGAAUGCGCUACUGUACUAGCAAGACAUCGCUAACCAGACCCCCCCCCUCACACAUUCCUCGCCCGAUGUUGUACCUCCACGACCGCUUACCAAGUGUCCGUUUUCGCUACCUAGCGCUAUGCUAGUUCUCUGUGCUGCUGUGCUUUUCUCACAAUGCUAGACACACACUUUGAGCAGCAGAUGGUGCAGCAAGCUGUUUAUUUUGCUACGCUUCCUCCCAAGUCAGGCCUUUGAUCGCGCUCUCUCUUCCCUGAGACACUCCUGUGGCCCUCUGCAGAAGAAAUGUAAAAGUCUGUGCCGGUCUACUAAGCUCUCUUUUUUUCCCACCAGAGCAAACCUGUGUCUCCUCAGUGCUUCACAGGAUUGUUCUGUAAUAAGCUCUGACAAAGUAUUAAUAGGGUGUCCAUUACUGCAGGAAAUCUGAUGAACUCAAUAAUAGCAUGUACUUCCAAUGUACGGCCAGACAAUGAAUUACCCUGGCCCACCGUAAUGGGGACCAUCUUAGCAAAGUGUUGCUGGUAAUUAUCCCUUUUACAAUUCCUCAGUGAUGUUGAUGUACUAGGGUGGGAAGUGGUUGUGAUUUUCUGCAAUAUGUUCUCGGCAUUGCUCUUAAUCUUUGUGCCAAUUACUUUGAUAAACUGUGGUGUUUUAUUUGAGUCUGCCUGGGUAAACCGUUUUCUCCUGUUCUGUAAAAAGACAACAGUGUGCUUUCUCUGUAAGGGACACUUUAUUACGUGGACGUUAGUGUGAUGGUAAAACUAAAUUGACUACAUCAAUAAGGGCCGUUAACCAAACACGUCACUCUGUGUGUCCUGGAGCCCCCCCCCAGGCCCCCUUUAAAUCCAGGCCAAGUCCUCCACUCUACAUGAGAUUGUAAAAGCAUAGGGUCAACAAACAAAGGCCCACCCAAGGAUUCCUGCUAUGAAGUAUCUGCAGGAUGGAGAACAAGUGCGUGCUUUCAAAGAACGAGUGACCGGGGACAGGAGAAUGUGUACGUAAGGGUGCAUAAUGUUUUAUUAUGGGGUGGGGGCUGGGGUGGUUAUGGGCGGGUUGAAUAAAUGUGUCUUCUGUGCUGAUAAAAGAAACUUUUGUUUUUCCCUGAACUACUCCCGCUGUUCCCUUCCCCCCCCCCCCCAUUCUGUUCUUGAAUAAACCCUGAUUGUUGAUUGUCCUGUAUCACGAAGACUGCUUUUAUUUUUACUUUACAUUUUCUCCACAUUGGGAUGCUGUACUACUGUAUCUUGAUCUGAAUAAAGUAACACAAACAAACUGA